CCGUAAGUUGAGCGCCCCCAAAUCACAGACAAUCGAAGAGUACAACGAUGUAGAAAAAGUCGAUAAAACAAAAUUUAAAGUUUCUUUCUUCAGCGUUUCGUCUUCGCUGCAGGAUGGACAUGACCAGCAGGUUGGAGGUGUGGUGGGAGCUGGCUGAGAGCUGUGGUCUCGCCACUCUCCAUCAGGUCCUGCUGCAGAUGUGGAGGCUGCUCCUGCUCUGCGUCCUCAACAGACUCCUCUUCAGACUAGGAAAUGUUCCUGGAUCAAUGAAGCAUCUGGUGUCCCUGCUGACUGGGGCCUACAGCCUGUUCCUGUUUUUCGAGGUGCACAUGCUGUGGGUGUUGCUGCUGUGUGGGCUUUGUUACCUGACUUUGUUGUUGAGUCGAAAUUCGGACAGCAGAGGACUCUUUGUCUCUGGUGCAAUCCUCAUCUACCUCCUGAUUGGAGAGAUGCAUUUAAUUGACCCGGUGAUCUGGCAAAAAAUUAGAGGAUCUCAGAUGGUUGUUGUGAUGAAAGUGAUCUCCGUGGCCUUUGACCUGGACAGAGGAGCUUUGCGGAGCCUGCCCUCUCCCAUGGAGCUCCUGGGAUAUCUUCUGUUCGUCGGAACGGUUGUUUUCGGGCCAUGGAUCAGUUUCUCUGCGUACAGCGAUGCCAUUGCAGGUCAAAAGCUGAGUGGAUCCUGGUUUCUGACCUCGUUGCACCGACUUGUGAAGAGCCAACUGUGCCUUCUUAUGUCCACCUGCAUCACACCGUACCUCUUCCCUCUGUUCAUCCCCAUUGAGGGAAACCCUUUCACACAAAAGUGGCUGUGGGCCUAUGAGAACGCCCUCUCCUUCCAUUUUAGCAACUAUUUUGUUGGUCACCUCAGCGAGGGCACGUGCAUGUUGGCAGGAGCGGGCUGCACCAAAGAGAAGGACAACUUAAAAUGGGACUUGGCUGUGGUGAAACCGUCCCACGUGGAGAUGCCCCGCUCCAUGGUGCUGGUGGUCACAUCCUGGAACAUCCCCAUGUCCCGCUGGUUAAAAAGCUAUGUUUUCAAGAACGCCAUGAAGCUGGGGACGUUUGCCGCCAUCUUGAUGACAUACACAGCCAGCGCCCUGCUGCACGGUCUGAGUUUCCACCUGGGAGCUGUUCUCCUUUCUCUGGGCUUCAUCACGUAUGUGGAACAUGUUCUAAGAAAAAGACUUGCCACCAUCUUCAGUGCCUGUAUCAUGUCCAGACCCUGCCCUGGUGACUGCCCCCACCAGCACAAGAAGGAAUUCUGGGUGAAGCUCCUUAACCUGCUUUUCUCUCUGCUGACCAUCUUCCAUCUGACUUACCUUGGCUCCAUGUUUGAUCCCGGGCUGGACGAGCAAGAGGUGGACGAGGUGUAUCCUGCCUCUCACACCAUCCAGAGGUGGUCCGAGCUGAACUGGGCCAGCCACUGGGUCGUGUUCAUCUCCUGGAUCUUCUAUAGAUUGAUCCAGUGAGCCAGCGGGCAGACCAUGAGGAAGGCGAUGAGAGCCUCACAGUGGGGCCACCACAACUUCAUGCUCCACUCCAACUGGAAAAGACACAGGAAGUGGGAUGCCAACGUGAAGCUCAUUUCUACGUGGGAGCUAAUGAAUUGUGCUUUUAAAUGCUAAUGCUGCUGUCAGAGAGCCUUGUCACCGUCGCUUCAAACCUCCUACCUGUGUAGGGCAGUGACCAUCCACAUCCAGGAAGUAGAAGAGCCCGCCGUAUUCUUUGUCCCAUCCGGAGUUGAACGGAAGCUCCACAAACAUGCUGAUGGCAGUGUUCUGCAGGUCCUGGUCCUGCUGCCCUCGCCCGUACUGGAGCAGGAACCAGCCCGCCUCCAGGGCGUGACCUGGAUCAGCCCCAGCAGAUGACCAAGUGUAUUGUUGCUAAUCUGACUGAAGGACAGCGGUUCUGUUCUUACCUGGGUUCUGGAGUCGACCAUGACACCCUGGAAGCUCGGCUCCAUCCACAUUCACGUUUUCCAAAAUGGCCGUCCCGUCUCGCUGGGUUUAAAACGUAAAUCUAGGUCAGUUGUGUUUACCUUGCUUCUGGACCUCCAUCAUGUCCUCACCUGAACAUGCUGUAAGAUCUGCUGGACACACCACUGGCCCAGCUCUCUGUGCUUGUGAGCAACCUCCUGACCUCUGCCUUCGGUCAGCUGCUGCAGCAGACACAGGAGCAUCAUUGGAACUGCCAUGCUGUUGGUGGGAGUGUCACCAGGGAGCUGAGGCCGACCGAGGCCUGUGGAGUCCACACGGACCCAGAAGACCAGCUGCUCCAUCAUCUGUGCAGCCUCCAGCUGGCUCAAGGAAACAUAGGUCAGGAUGCGGACGUGUACAUGAGGUUUCUGCUGUCCAAACAAAGUACCUCCAUACUCUCAUCUCCGGUGACUCGGCUCAGCUCAUCGAGCGCCAUGACGUAGAAGCACUCGCUGAAUAUGCUCCUCUGGACUUUGACGGCUUUCCCAUCUCUGGUCAGACAGAACGCACACUUCCACUGACCGCUGGUGUUGGAGACCCGAGCAAACUUCCUGAGAAAAGCACCGCCUGGAAAACAACAGCCAAGGAUGUCUGAUCACCGAAGACCAUGUCUAAGUCUUGGCUCAUGAAAACCCCAUCGGCAGCAGUGGACACUGCUUAGUGCCCACUGGAAUACUAACUACAUGCAAAUACCCCCUCCUCCUCCGAGCCAGAACAAUCUUUGAGCAAAUGUGUGACGAUAUGUAAAGAAAAUAAGAAACAAAAAUCGGACAAACUCAAGGUUAACUUAAAAGCCAUGAUGAGGAUCAGCACCUGCAACCAGCUACCACCAGGUGGCAGAUGAGAAACAUUAGCUGGAGAACAGUUGGACUCAAACGUACACGACUUUGUACAUACCAGCCUUUGCUGCUUCUAGUAUUUCUGGCCGACGAAACCGCUCCAUGGUUCGGUACAGCCGCGAGUACAUCCACACCUGCAACCACAGAAAACGGAUAAAAACGCUGAACAAUUGUAAUGUAAUAUCACGUUCUUCAUGUUUUUGUCGCAGUCUGUCAUGUUUGUGUUUUAUUUUGAUCGGAAACAUCCUGUUUUCACUGCUUUAUUUCUUCAUAGGAACUUGUUCCUGGCUGGGUUGCCAGGUUAUCUGACAUGGCACCAACCAAUUUGUUUCAAUUUAUCUUGUGCUGUUGCUUCACCUGCAUGCUAUUUUUUGUGUAUCUGAGCAGCCAGUGUGACUGUCUGGCAACCACGCCCUGCCUCUUGUUAUUCUUUGAACACUUUGUGCUUUUUGUUUUGAAAUUGCUUUUGUUAUUCAGACUUCAGGUCAUUUUUUGUUGUAUUAAAGAGUUUAACUUUUAUUGUUGUGGGACUCCCUUGACCAUUUUUCAGACAGUGCCCAAACUUGGGUCAAAGUUUCAAGCUCAAAAACUAGUAUUUAAUGCCUGAUGAGGUGGUGAGGGACACACUCACCUGUCUGCCCUGCAGCCAGACGUACUUCAGCUCGUCGUACACCGUCCCAUCCUUCCCCAGACACGUGAAGAAGCCGCUGAAAUGGCACCGGUAGUGUCACGGCGCAGUAGAGCACAACAGCCUCACAUACUGUUCCGAUCAGGGCUCUACCCGUGCUUCAUGUCGUGAGAGUGUUUCAGCCAGAAGUCCACCACCCUGUCCAGUUCUGAUCGUAUCCUGGCACGACACGCCUCCAGACUUGUCCUCGACAUUGUGCCUAGCAAAGAGACAAGGAAAAUGCCUUUGUGUGGCCCAUUUUUAGGGCAUUUCUGGACUUUACAGGACUUGCAGAAACAUUCUCCCAUAGUGGUGCUUAAAGCAAAACAAUGUCCACUGCUUUUAUAUAUACACACACUCUUAAAUAAUAACUAAAAAUAAAGAAUGCAUCAUAAAUGUUAGUCUCCUUCCCCUGAGUGCUUGAGUGGGAUGUCAAGAAUCCUGUUCAGAAAAACACAUCUGUGCUGAGUCAGCGAAUUGCAGAGUGUUUUUGUGUGUGUGAAACGUUGACUGCAACUGUGUCAGUGAAUAAAAAUGGAGGGGCCGUAGGGGGAAGUGUACAAACAGAAAAGGGUUUGAUGCAAAGCCCAUGCAAAUAGAGAAGUUUGAUCCAAUGUUGUGUCUGUGUUUCUGGACUUUGUCGCGUCUGGAUUGGUCACGUGAUUGGCUGUUUGUCUCUGACCCAGCUUCCCUGCUCCACUCGUCCAUCACUGGACGCCGCCGCGAUGAUUUGUUGCGCACGUUAAAUGCGCAAUAUAAGCACAGGCGCACAAACACGAAACAACUUCAACGCAACAUGUUUAAAAAAACGGUCAAUAGCGGCGAACCUUUAUUUAAACGCCACUAACAUGCACGCGCACGCGCUAACGGGAGCGAGUUCUGACCUGCUCAGUGGGAGCUCGACAGGCAGGAGUUCUGGUGCGGAUGAGGUCUGGUCCAGAGGACUUGUUGUUCAGCUGGGUGUCGCUCCGGGUCACGUGACCGGCGUCAGAGGAAGCGGAUCUGAGCGCUACUGACUGGAGCUGUGAUCUUGUGACACCGAAAUCUGUCGCUUCAGGAGAUUCUCGGGUGACGUCACCGACAGCUAUCCCCGCUAUCAAUAGUUUUCUGUCAAUGAAACAUCUCUCCAGGCUUUCAAUAGCCACUGACUCCAAUGAAAGUUGUCAUAGUAACCACCGACGCAUGUGGCACAGAUAAAGGGCAGUUAGAUACAGUUAAGUUUAAGAUCGAAGUUUUGUUCUGUUACACCAAAACGCCAUUUAUUUUUCUUCAUCUUUGUUGAUCGGCGUUUCCACAGGGGUUACCACCAAAAAACUAAAAUAAUUAUGGUCAUUGAUGUAGCACAAAUAAUAAACACUGCUGGGAAUGUGCUAUAUUCUUUCAAUAAACUCUGAAAACACUUCGCCCAAGUCAACAUUAGAUGGCAGCUUUUUGCUUCAUGCUCGCAGUGAAGUGAAAGUUCUGAUAAAGUUCCUAUCGCGACAAAAAAGGUUGUUUCUAAUUACAUUAUUUGAGUCACAUGGAACAGUAAUUCAUUUCCUGUCAAAUACCUUCUUAUAACGACAAUUCAGUAAUAUUUGUUAUUUUGAUAUUUGGUGAAAACAUCAACUCAAAGAGAACUUGCUGAAUAAUCUUGGUGAUAAAAUACAUUUUUUAACUCACAAUUUAGAAAUAUUAACUGAAAUCAUCUUGUGUUUUUGAGAACAACAGCUAAAUAAUGAAAGAUAAUCUCAAGAUAAAAUGAAUAGCAGUGCAGUAACGGAACUAUUUUUGUCAACAAAUCCACAGGCAUUACUGUUAUACAUCAAAAGUGAGAAGUAUUCAUCUCUGUUCAGGGGUUGCUGGUGCCAUCCAAGGGUUCCAGUCCUGAAAUAUCUUGAGAAACACCAUCACGAACAAAGCACUCAUGUUUAAUUCCUCUUCUUCAAUCAUAACUUCAUACAUCAGUCUAUCAUUCUUAGUCUCAAAAAAAAAACACUCUCCUACUCUCCCAAAAUAUUAUGAUCAAACAAAAGCGACAGUGACAUAGAAUUGAUAAUGUCUUAUUUUCUGACAUCCAUGUGAUCUGCCUGAGUUUAAUUUCACGAUGCCACAAACCCUUGGCCAUCUCAUCG